UUUUUUGUUUUUUCAAAUAAAAUCACAAAAAUAUAGAUAUGGGUAUGAAGCUUGAUGAAGAAUAUGGAGCAGAUAGAUUAUUGCAAAUCGAAACGGAUGAUGAAGAGAAUGAGGCACAUGAUAUGGUUAAUGAAGACGACGAUACUGGAUCUGAAAUCUCUAAUCACUCUGUUCAUGCCCCUUUUCAUAGCCAACUUGAUUCUCCUACUUGGCCUCAAAGUUAUAGGAGGUCAAUGGACGUGUUUACAGGGGUGACCCCUCCAUCAUUGAGUUUUUUAAAGGGAAGCUCCAUGUUGAGUUCAGCAUACAUGAGGUCUCAGACUCUGACACCUGAAUAUUCCCUCAGUAAACCUUUCAUUUCUUCUCCAAGCCUUGACAGGGAAGAAAUUCCAACUUCGAAUCCUUCAAAGCUAUCGAUUGUUUCUUCCGCAAUAUUUUCAGCACCAGAAUUGCCACCAUCACAACAAUGUUCAUAUACCCAAUCAGUUCUUAAUGCAAUAAAUGCUCUGUGUGGGAUAGGGAUCCUUUCGAUUCCCUAUGCACUCAAAGAAGGGGGAUGGUGUAGCCUUUUCCUUCUGUUUCUUUUUGGAAUCAUUACUUUUUAUACUGGAACUCUUUUGAAAAAAUGUUUAGAAAGUUCUCCUGGUAUUGAAACCUAUCCAGAUAUCGGACAAGCUGCCUUUGGAUUGUCUGGUCGAAUAUUCAUAGCUAUAGCCUUGUACGCGGAACUAUAUUCCUCUUGCAUAGAGUAUUUGAUUAUGAUGAGUGAUAACCUCGGCGCCCUAUUCCCGAACAGUCACAUGGAGUUUGCUGGACUUCAUCUGAAUUCUUAUCAAAUAUGUGCUAUUAUUUCUACCCUUGUCAUACUUCCAACCGUUUGGCUUAGAAAUCUCAGUUUGCUGUCUAUCGUUUCAGCCGGUGGAGUGAUUGCACUGAUUGUCGUGGUGAUCUGCUUGCUAUGGGUCGGGGUGGUUGAUGAUGUUGGAUUUCACCCAAGUGGAACAGCUAUUAACAUUGCAAAGAUACCUGUCACGAUUGGUCUUUAUAGUUUCUGCUAUGGAAGCCAUUCAGUUUUCCCAAAUAUCUACUCAUCAAUGAAAGAACCUUCAAGAUUCCCUUCUGUUCUUCUUAUAAGCUUCAGCACUGCCUUCUUUUCGUACCUCGGAGUAGCAAUUUGUGGCUUUUUAAUGUUUGGUGAAAACACCAAUCCACAGUUCACUUUGAAUUUGCCAACAAAACUUGUUACUUCAAAAGUUGCAGCUUGGACAGUGGUCAUAGCCCCUCUCACAAAAUACGCGAUAACACUUACACCAGUAGCUUUUGGCAUAGAAGAAUUCCUACCUUCGCCUCAGCUUAGAACUUAUGCUGUAUCCUUACUCAUCAGAACACUUUUGGUGUUUUCAACUCUGGUCAUUGCAUUGGCAGUUCCAUAUUUUGGUUCUGUAAUGUCAUUGAUUGGAUCUUCACUAGUAAUGCUUGUGUCGUUAAUCCUUCCUUGUGUAUGCUACAUCCAACUACGCAAGGAUCAAAUCAAGCGAUUUCAGCUUGCAGCUUGCAGUUCCAUUAUAGUGGUGGGACUGAUUUCAGCUGUAGUUGGCACAUAUUCUGCACUCACAAACAUGGUCUAGUUUGAAGAUGGAAGGUUCGGUCUCGUUAUUGAUAGAGUGAAUAGAUAUCUCUCUUCUGAUUCAAAAUCGUAGUUCCGGGAGUUGGGUUCUUGUACACUAUGCA